AUGGCGUCGCAGCAGGUCCUCUUCGCCGAGACCAUAGCUGGCAUGAAAAAGGCCUUUAAGCGGAGAGCAUAUGAGUCCGACUCCGAUUCCGAGAUCGAGAGCUACAGCAAUCGCGGCCACAAGCUUCAGAAGCGAGCGCGAUUCGCCCAUCAAGGGCAAUUGGUCCCUACCAACGGCCCGAGCUCAUAUCGAGAGUACGUCGAGUAUGCUGGCGUUCGACGACCGAUCAUUCAUCGCAACCCGCCCUUGAUCGAUGAAGAAGGAUAUGAAGUAGAAAGCGACGAGGAGGAUGAGGACCGCAUUCAAGAAGCCGAGGCUGCUGCGGCAGAGCUGAACCCCUACGCCAAUAUCCAAAUAGAGAACAUUCUCGCUCCGCUCACUGCAUCGACCGAUUUGCCGACACAUCCAACCCUCUCGAAGCCCUUCACAUCCAAGACCCUGACCAAGCUUGUCGACCAAAGUUGCGACAUCAUGCGCAAGGAAAAUCGUUCCCUGUGGCAAGUGAGACACCUCCUAACCGCGUUGUGCGGCGACUAUACCUGGGUGCCAUGCUCCAUGAUGGUACGACCUUCGGAUAUCGAGCUCUACACGGACGACCAUGUUGCGCGUCACCUAUUAAGCCUCUCCAAAGCACAACCACAACUUACCAACGGUGGCACCCAAGAAAAUGGCAUCCCGCCCGCAGAUCCUGUACCGGACAUGACUGGCGACGGACAGGUUUCCGACAAGGACGCAGCAGAAGACGCAGACAUCACCAUGACAGAUGCCGAAACCGUUGGCGCUGAUGACUCGCACCUAGACAAUGCCAAAGACGACAAGGGCGAGACAACAGAAACCACUGAAAAAGAUGGAGCAGUGCAAAGUUCCGAGGCGCAGAACGAGGGUCAGGAGCCAGUCGACAAGGCCAAUGCAUCGGGGCCUUCAAAGGGCGGACCAGAAAACGGCGUGGACCAGCAUGUUAAUAAAGGCAAAGAAGUCGGCGCAGGUCCAGCGCAGGCGGCUGCAGCAGACGACACUCAUCGCCAAAAUGAACUGGCCGAGGCUAUCGCACAAGAUGUCUCGAUGACCUCGGGAGGACAGGACCCAACGUUUGUGCAUCCCAUGUUCAUCGCUCCAUCAGGGGCAAAACCAGAUCGCGACGUGGGGUUGCCUGAACAAGAAGCCGAAGAUAUCCGAAGACUGCUUGCUCUAUAUGUGCAAAAGCAGGAGGAGGUUUGUCGGGGGGCAAGAAGACUGUUCUUAGGUCUCCUCAAGGCCGACCAACUGCGCAAGAGUGUCCUUCACUGGUCCAAGGCGGAGGCUCAUUCAGGGGCCAACCGGGACAUGUCGGACGGUGAGGACUGGUAUGACAAGGAAGAAUGGGGCCUGACAGAAGAUCUCAAGAAGGGUCAGGAUGAAGAGGAAGAAGAUACCCAGACAACGGGCAAGAAGACGAGGAACAGGAAGUAA